AUGACUUCAGCCGCUGUGGAACCGAACGAGCUGGGUACCUUGAUAGUCGUAGUUGGGAAAGCAAAAAACCUAGUCAAUAAGUCUAGAUUUGGUAAACAAGACCCUUUUUGCAGUCUUUCUUACGGAGAAACGAGACAAAGAACAAAACCCAUAAAACGAGGAGGGCAACAUCCGGAAUGGGAUGAAGAGCUUCGGUUUGCAAUUGUGGAAGACGUGGAUGAUGUACUAGUCCGCUCUGAAUCCCAAUCCGAUUCCCUCAACUCAUCCCUUAACGGUGCCCCCGCUCCUUUACCUAAGGACACCCCGGCAGGAGUUAUCACAUCCGCUGCACUGGCCAAUAAAAGCAGAAAGGGACCGCUAAACAAGAAGGGGGGGAAAAGCAUGAAGGUGGCUUGUUAUGCCGAUGAUGCCAAGGAGCCAGAAUUGAUAGGAGAGUGUGUGGUAAAUAUAGACGAAGUGCUAAAGAAAGGAGAAGUAGACGAAUGGUACGAAUUUCUUUACAAAGAUAAAUAUAGUGGGGAGGUAUACCUUGAAAUGACCUUCUUCUCGAACGGUGUACCUCCUGUCCGACGUGAUGUCCCUCGUCCACCCAUACACAACUAUGGGGCCACAGGUGGAUUCAACGCUAGCCCUUCCGGAUCACUUGCAUCAGCAGCUAGCAGGACAAGAAUAGCCGGUAAUCUCACAGCAUCCGGCAGUGUGUCUGGCAUGAGCCUUUAUAUUCCCCCAUAUGUCCAACCCGGUCGUGCUCCCUCACCCGGUCCUUCCUUACAUGCGCAACCUCGACUCCCACCUUCUGGCAGUUUUCAUGAGCUAGGCGUACCGCCGGUCCAACGAAUGGGUCAAGAUAUGCCAUCGACAACUUAUCCCACACACCCUCCCUAUCCAUCCAGUCACUCUACGCUACCUGUACAUGAUUCUCAAUCUUCCAUCGAUGCUCUGACUAGACCGAUGUCUGCAAUGUCCAUCGGCCAAUCAUACGCAUCUCGGCCCCUGGCCGCGACUCCUGGCCCUCCACCUGUAUCAUCGAACAUAGGUCACGCGUAUGGUGCACACAGGCAUUCAGUCGGAGGAUCAAUUGACGCUCCCUGGUCUUCUCACUUAGCACAAAAUCAACCGGCACCUGCACCAACUCCUCAUCCCAGACCGAUGUCAUCGAACGAUGCGUUACCCUGGGAACAAAUUCAACGGAUAGAGCAAGAAAGAUUGCAAGCUGGAGCGACGCCUAUGCCUCGACCGAAUUCGGGACAAGGUUAUGGAGCUGUAGGCAAUCAACAAUACCCACAACAAUCGCUUGCCAUUCAAAAUCAUCGGAUUCCGUCCACUAUCCCAGAAUCACUACGUCCUGCUGGACCACCGCAACAUGAGCAACAUAUCCCACCUCGAGCUCAGAGCUUUUCCUCUCACUCAAUACGUCCUCCCAUGACUGCUGCAUAUCCCAAUCUGCCACCCACACCUACACCUGCCCAACCGCUACCACCGCACUCUGCUCCACCGAUCAAUCCUUCAACUUCACAUCACUAUCAAGUACCAGCGUCAUCGUUUGGCACUCUGACCCAGCCUGUAGUCGACCUUCACAGAGCUGCAAGUCCGGGACCCAGUCAUUAUCCCCUGCAACCCAACGGAUCGUACCAGGAUGUCAAUGCUCCUCAGCAUUCUUACCACACACCGACGAGAGACAAUACUUACCCUCCUCGACCUGUCGAGUAUCAACAAACACCACCGCCAACUCAAACAUACUCCCCCGCCUAUGAUAAUUCAUCUCAGCAACCAUACCAAGCCACUCCACCUCCCCAACAAUCGGGAUAUGCGUAUGGUCAAUCGACUCAAUCACCUCCUCGUCAACCCUCCGUGGCCUCAUCAAACGAUAAUGGAUAUGUGCCCUGGUAUCAGCAAACCCAAUCAAAUAUGCAGCUGCGACACACUCCACCACCUCAAUCCCAAUCUGCAUAUGGGCAGCAAAAUGGUGUUCAAUAUGAACAGCAGCCUUCGGUUGGGGAGAUACCACCUUCAAUGUCGCAAUACCCACAGCCUCUACCACCAGUACCGCAAAGUCGACCUCAACCACCUGCUCCAAGACGACGUUCGGUAGGUUACUACCCAUCUGAUGAGCUGUACGCCCAGCAGAGACAAGAAUCUCAAACACCUCAACCUCCACCAUGGCAACAAGGGCAUCAACCACGCCAAUCGUACGAUCAGAAUGGAUAUGACGUACAGAGGCAGAACGCUUUCUCACCUUUACACUCCACCUCCUAUUCUCCUCAUCCACCUCAACAACCAUCAUAUCAAGCUAUAGCAACCCCUUCACCGCCUAAUCAACAAAACUGGCAACAACCACAACAGUACAGCGCUCCGCAGCCUCCUCCCACUCCACACAAUGCAACAGGAUACUAUCUUCAACAAGGACCUCCGUCAAAUCAGUAUCAACCUCCUCCUCAGAACGACUAUAGAGCAACUUCACCCCGCCCUUCAACGCACGACUACAAUCGAACAUCAUCGCCCCAACCGUAUGGCCAAGGAGGUUCCCAAGUUGGAUUCAACGGCAGAUCCCCUUCGCCACAACCUCCUGUGCAGAGCCAUCAGCCUCAGCAGGAUCCAUGGCAGAAUCGCAGCCAAGUACCGCCGCCACCGAUACCUUCCAAUCAACUGAUACCGCCCACUUCCACAUCUCAAGAUCCCAAUAGAUCAACCUCGCCAUCACAAUCGGUGAAUGGCAAUGGGAAUGGAGUCAGAACAGACUGGAGAUCGUAUAUGAAUAGUCUCGCAAGUACUGGAUCAGGUGGUGGUGUCAUGCCAGCUAGGACACCAAGUCCACAACCGCCACCUAAAGACUCAAGGGGACAACAACAACAAUGGUACACUCCGCCUCCUAGUUUGCCUAGUUCCAUAGCGCCACCGGAAGGGUGGAGAAGCACUUUGCCAGCUCAAACGGAUGGCCAUGCUUGGAGGGGAUAG